AUGGAAAGAGUGACCAUUGGAGUAAUCUCUGGAUGCCAUGAAAUUGUAGGCGUGACGGCUCAAGCUGGCCGCAAAGUGAACAAAUUCAAAGCCGGAGAUAAAGUAGUCUUUGGUUGCCUAAUUGGUUCAAGUGGAGAAUGUGACAACUGCCGUGGAGGGUUGGAGAACUACUGCCCCAACCUCGUCCACACGUACACUAUCUUCUUAUCCGAGGGCGACACCAAACGCUACGGCGGGUACUCCGACAUCCUCUUCAUGGAAGAGCACUUCGUGGUUCGCAUCCUCGUUGCCAUUUCGCUUGCCGGUUGUGCUCCUCUACUUUGCACCGGAAUCACAGUUCACAGCCCCAUUGGGCAUUUCGGUUUGGACCGGCCCGAGAAGCAUAUUGGCAGCAUGGGGCUCGGAGGGUUGGGGCAUGUGGUGGUGAAGUUCGACAAGGCGUUCGGUGCCGAGGUGUCCGUCAUAAGUGCUUCAGAGAGCGAGAGACAGGAAGCAAUUGAGAAAUUGAAGGCUAACUCAUUCAUAAUAAGCCAAUAA